CAUCAUUCCACUCGGGAACCUUUUGUUCCCGGCUUAUUUCUCUACUUGCACUUAUUCCACUGAUUGUGUCCUGAGGACUCACGCAACACCAUGAAGCUCCAAUGGUCCCUGGUGGCCCUGGCUACUGCGGUCAACGCAAGCCAUAAAUACUUGGAAGAAGCCAUGCGCGGAGAGCGUGUCUCUGGAUAUGGUACUUAUGACAAACCAUCCUGGGAGCCAUCAUUCAAGGAUCAGUCUCCACCUUACAAGGCGCACCGCAUCACACGUGAAGAUUGGGAUCUUUCAUGCAGCAGUGGCGAGACCAGCUGCCGGGAUGCCGUCGACGGCUCGAACACGACAGCCUGGCGCAGCGAGCCUGGUCAGAGUCCUUACAUUACGAUUGAUCUGCACGAUCACUACGCUGUCAGCGCAGUUGUGGUGUUGCCCCCCAUAGAUUUGAACAGCUCGGCCGGCUUGAUCACUCACCACGAGAUUUACCUGAGCCAUGACGCCAAAAAUUGGGGUUCGCCUGUAGCCCAUGGCAUGUGGCCGACCACGAACAGACAACGACUCGCGGCUUUCGAGCCCAUGUCAGCUCGAUAUGUGCGUUUAGUUGCCACAUCUUCCGACGAGGGGUCACCGUUCUGGAUUGGCAUCUCUGAGCUCAACAUCUAUGCGAAUCUUUACACUAUUCCUAAAGAUCCCAGCCGAGGGAUAUGGGGUCCCACCAUAGACCUGCCUGUCGUGCCAGCUUCGGGCGCCCAAGUAGCCACCGGUGAAGUCCUGCUGUGGUCAUCGUGGGGAGAUGACCAGUUUCAUUCAACUCCAGGCGGGAAAACGGCGAUGUCAUUCUGGGAUUUCCGCAGCAAUACCGUGUCUAAGCGAAUCGUUUCUAAUACGCAUCAUGACAUGUUCUGCCCUGGCAUCGCUAUCGAUGGGACCGGCAACAUGGUCGUGACUGGCGGUAAUGAUGCUGCUCAGACCAGCCUUUUCGUCGCCAGUGAAAACAAAUGGCAUUCGGCCAAGCCUAUGAAACUUGAGCGCGGUUAUCAAGCUACGACGACCCUAUCAGAUGGCCGGGUCUUUGUCAUCGGGGGUUCCUGGGCGGGCGGGUCGAACAUUGACAAGAACGGUGAAGUUUAUGACCCUGCGACUAGGGAGUGGACGUCUCUGCCAGGCGCUAGAGUCGAACCCAUGCUCACGGAUGAUAUGGAAGGCCCUUGGAGAGCAGACAACCAUGGCUGGCUGUUUGGAUGGAAGAACCGCACCGUGUUUCAAGCUGGUCCCAGCCAGCGCAUGAACUGGUAUUUUGUGGAAGGCAACGGUGAUGUCCUGCCUGCGGGACAGCGUUUAGAAGACGAGGAUUCGAUGUCUGGAAACGCGGUCAUGUUCGAUGCCACCAAAGGCAAGAUCCUCACAUUUGGAGGUUCACCAGACUACGAAAAGUCGCUAGCCCAUGCAAACGCUCAUAUCAUCACUCUCGGUAACCCUGGAGACGAAGUUGAUGUGCGACCCGCUGGUAAAGGUGGCGCGAUGAAUUAUAAACGCGUCUUCCACACUUCGGUCGUGCUUCCAGACGGCAAAGUGUUCAUUGUUGGAGGCCAGACGUAUGGCGUCGCAUUCAACGAGGAGAACAUACAGUUCACGCCCGAGUUGUACAACCCAGAAACGGAUACUUUCGAGGAGAUGCAGCAUAACAACAUCGUUCGGACAUAUCACUCAGUCUCGAUCCUUGUACCCGACGGACGCGUGUUGACCGGCGGAGGUGGGCUUUGCGGCAACUGUUCAGCAAAUCACUACGAUGCGCAGCUUUUCACGCCCCCGUAUCUUCUGACUGAUUCGGGUGAUGAGCGUGAGCGGCCCGCCUUUGCUUCCAACUUACCUCGCACAGUCGGCGUCGGCGGGCGGCUGUUCUUUAGCACCACGACCAAGAUCGCUUCUGCGGCGUUGAUCCGCAUAUCCAGCGCCACCCACACUGUCAACACCGAUCAACGUCGUGUACCGUUGGUUCUCAGCAGAUAUGGUUUCUUCAAAAAUAAAUACAGCGUGCAAGUCCCGAUUGACCCAGGAGUUGUCAUUCCUGGCUACUGGAUGCUCUUCGUCAUGGACGUACAUGGUACUCCAAGUAUCGCCCAGACCAUCUUGGUUACUGUCAAACAGAAUGUCAAACACGGUGCUGCUUUUAGCGACGAGAGUGAGCCGUAUCUAUUCCGGAUACAAGAAGGGCUACGUCGCUAAGUCACUUCGUAACCGAUAGCGUCAGACGAAAGAAUGCGAUGGAUUUAGUAAUAUCGCGUUAGUAGCUUUUCGGUUAGAGACCUGGAUGGCUGGCGGCCACGGACCACUGUUCACCUUUGAGAUCAAGCCAAAGCGCCCGUCGUUCAAGGAAGCAUAGUUACGGGUGUCUCAACUGGAAGCAUUUGUAGCACAAAUUCAUCUGCUUUUCUGCGGCUGAGCAGACACCCUUCGUCAACUUCACCGGUCAACAUAUGCACCAGAAACCGUUUGAAACACGCAUCACCGAGCCCUGCCCUACGUUACAAUGGUUCUCCUUGUGACAAACAAAGGCAACGGGACAACCAUCAGCUCUCUCAAGCAUUUGGUGCACGGUGUUCACUUAAAGCCAAGAAACCAAGAAGGUCCGGGUCAAGCUGAUACAUGAGGCGCGGAAGCUACUGUCUAGGAGCGCAAAGACAGAAGUACAUGUGAUUUGCAGCUUGCGACAGUGACAUUGUUUGCACCGCAAUCGACCCAUCUGUCGGUGCCUUUGCAACAUCUCAAAUGUACAAAACGACGGCGAACGGGCUGGCUUCGAAACGAACAUGUUCCACUGAGUCGGGAUUCGGUAUGCAGCCACAAAUGUGUUUGUCGUUCGUGGUGCACUGGAGACACCGACACGUCGGGAUAUCUUGCUGGUCGUCGUUGCAUGAGAUCUUCUGAGGUCCUACCAGGCCGAUACAGCGCUGAGCUGUACUCAAGAAAGCUUCGAAUCCUUUGGUAACCAUUUCCAGGUUAUAUAUGACCUAUGAACUCGUCUUCCGGAACCACACUCUUGCUCAACACCCCCCAGCUUCAAUUCGAAAGACUUCUGUCAAAACCAAACCACUUUCUCCUAUCCAAACUCACACUUCAACCUAAAACUUGCCACCUGCACCAUGCGUUCCAACAUUCUCAAAGCAGCAGUCCUACUCUCCAGCGUAUUCCAACUCUCGACCGCCGCAGCACUGACCCCAGCCGGUGAGAUCCUCGCGCAGGCCCUCGCAGAUUACGGAGGCGUUGGAGCCUGCCAUCGAUCGCGCGAACGAUGCCCAGAUGUGGAACUCUCGCCCUCCUGUCGCCCUGAAGAUCUGGCACCGUGCAGAGACUACUGCCUGAGGAAGGUUGGCAAUGUGCCUGGUCUCCAGUGGGAGUUUCAGAGGAAUAUUAAUUCUGCUCAUCCGGAAGAUACGUCUGGUGGGAGUCAGUGCGUUUGUUUGGUGAUUUGAUGGGGUUAGCUAGGGUAGUAGCGCUGAUUGGGAGGUGGCUGGCAUCGUCUGGAGCAAUGUCUUCGAGCAGCGGAUUGUGGCAUUGGAUCUUCGGGGAUAAGGUUCGUCCAGUGACGGGGGCAACAUGCAAAGGCAGAGUGCUGCAACUGGA